UGAUGACAGCGCCGCAUAAUUAGGUCAUCACGGCCUGGGAACUGACCGACCGAACGAAAACAAUUGUAAGCAAAUCUAAUGUAAACAAUAUCGACCAAAUAAAAACUGCUGAUCGCGAUCGAUCAGCAGAAAAUUAGUAUAUAAGUCAGGAAUAAGCAUGAAUAAAUGGACUUUCAAGCACAAGAACUCAAAGACUAAGUUGUUUGUCUGUUCCAAGCCAAGUCGGACGGUAAAAUCCUCCUGUCUUGGCGCUUCCCAACGAGUUCAGACUCGGUGCGGAAAAUAUAUGGUGGCUCCAGAGAGGACUAGUAGAGACCUCGCAACGUACAAGUCGGAGGUUAACUUCCGAUCUUGAAACCCAGAGUCGGCAGGAACAUACAAGUCGGAGGUUAGCUUCCGAUCUUGACGAACGUAUUCCUGACCGAUAGAGAAAAACAACCAGCGCUCCAACGGAGGAAGGUUCGUAAAAGCGGAAAACAUCGCGAAUGUAUAAUAGUAUCCAAAAACGUAAAGUGCAACAAACCAAACGAGUGCAAAAAAAACGCCUGAAACAGUGCUUAAGAAGUCCAAGGUACAGAGACAGAAUUCAGUAAGGCGCCGUACGAUCACCGAUAUAUUGUGAUUGAAUAAAGACACCGGUGGCAAAAAACGACGUUCGCUAUAUCGUUUCGGUCGUACCACAGGUUUGUAAACAAAACAAAAGGGGUGUGUGUGUGCAGUGAAACGCAACCUCAGAAAGGGCGUUUAAAACGGACGACCUGAGAACAUCUGAUCGAAAAUCAUUACGUAGCGUACUAGUAACAAAGUGCAGUGUAAACAAUUACGCGUGUGGCACACAUUCGCAGUGAGAACGUAAUAAAACCCACAAGACGCUAACGACCGCGGUUUACGGACGUUCCCGUAAAGCACCGGCAGUGUACUCCAAUUACAACAACACAAGUAAAUGUGCGGAUCAAGAAAAGAUCAACAGUUGGGGAGUGUAACAAUACGGGACGUGCAUACAAAAAAGAAAUCUUCGAGCUAAACCGUAUCCGGCUUUAGCAUUUCCGGGAAACCACAAACAUAAAGGUGUUGAUAAGAGUGCGAACUAGUGGAGUAGUACGUGUCCAGCUUAUUGACGUGUGUUGAUACGGUGAUCGGUAGCCAAUGGUCAUCGCCCCGGAAGACCCGAUUAUCCAACGAAAAACCGUGGCGGCAAUACUACCCAAGCAGCGGAUCUGAAGGCGACCAGAAGACAGGGGUACUGACGACACCGCGGGGGAUCACCUGAAGACGACUCGAGGAGGACAAGCAGGGGCGUUGUAAGAGCAGCAACGGCACGACGACACCCAUCCAGAUCGGCAGCGACAGCCCAGUUACUUUAUCCACCGGUUACGCAAAGUGAGUAGUAUGGAUAUCAUAUUUAAAAGCAACCCGAAAGGCAAUUGCAAGCUAUGCAAGAACCCCGAUGAGUGGGACACACAAGUUAAUUGUAUUGAGUGUGACAGAUGGUUACAUCUCAAAUGUCUGAAGCUAGAAGGUCCUGUUAAAAAAUAUGUGUGUCCAAAAUGCUACACAAUAGCUGAGGAACGCAAGGGAAAUAGGGAGGCCUUAAUGCAAACAGAGAGGCUACUAAAAGAAAAAACUGAAGCGGAAAAAAGAACUAGAGAAGAAAACGAAAGGUGUGAGAAGGAAAUCGAAAGACUAGAAGACAUAUUAAGAAAUGAAGAAAUACAUAACCAAUCCGACACAACUCACCUACAAGACGACCUACAGACACUUACAACAAACGUAAAUAAAAUGGCAAACUUGGGUUUUGCUCCACGCAAGAAGACAGUUUUAAAACUUCCGGAUUUCUAUGGCAAUUAUAGAACAUGGCCUCGUUUUAAACUACUGUUCGAAGAAACCACUCGAACAGAAAAAUUUUCGAAUUUGGAAAACCUUACACGGCUCCAAAUUCACCUUAAGGGAGAUGCAUUGCGAUCCGUUAGCGGGUUGAUGUUGAACCCAAGUAACGUGGAUGCAAUCUUGGAAAGAUUGGGGAGGUUAUAUGGCAACCCAGUUAGCAUUUUUAACGCCUUACUAAAAGACCUUAUGGUGGUUAAACGGGCAUCUUUGGAAAAUCCAUCUUCGAUUAUUGAGUUCUGUAACGCACUGAAUAACAUGGUGGAAAAUAUGACCAUGUUGAACCAAACGGAGUACUUGAUGGACCAAAGGCUCCUUACAGAUCUGGUCGCAAAACUCUCUCCGGACCUUAAAACCAGGUGGCUCAGAGAUUCACUUAACGAGGAAGGUGACAAAAUCAAAACCUUGAAAGAUUUCAGCAAAUGGUUGAAACCAACAGAAGACGUGGCGAUCACACUUCUUGCUAUGGAAGGUGGUCAAAGAGACAGACCGGCGAGGCUGAAUACUCACUAUUCAGCCAGCCAUCAAAUUUCAAAUAAAGGCUGUCUAAUUUGCAGCCGUCCUCAUGAAACCAUAUCUUGUUACAAGCUAAAGAAUGCCUCAGUAAACGAAAGAUGGAAAAUGCUGAAGGAGAAAAACGUUUGCACUAACUGCUGCAAAUUCUCUAACCAUGCGGCCAUUAACUGUCGCUCAAGGCCGCAGUGUACAGUGGAUGGUUGUGGACGACGACACAACACCAUAUUGCAUGAAGAAAAAUUCAACUCAAUGGGCGCGGCGUCAAAAGCACAUUUAAAUUUUCAUCAAAACUCGGAACAAUACCUAUUUCAAGUUCUGCCAAUAACUGUCUAUAACGAAAACAACUCCAUCGAAACAUUUGCAUUGAUAGACCCAGGAUCCUCAACGAGCCUCAUGACAGAAAGCCUAAGACAGAAACUAAAUCUGCAUGGCCCAAGGAAGCCGUUAACACUCUCGUGGACAAAUGGAUGCAACCAGGUAGAGGAUACAAGCACGUCGGUAUCUCUGAAACUCAGAGGUCCAAACGGCAGGCUGCUUUAUGUCAAGGACAUUAGGACAGUAAAAGAACUGGACCUACCCACUCAAAGCAUCAAUGCAAACGUGUUGAAGAGAAAAUUUUCCCACUUAAAGACGGUAAAUAUUUCAAGCUACAAAAAUGCUAAACCCACCAUUCUGUUAGGACUUCCACAUGCUUAUUACACGCAAGCUGUGGAGUCCAAAUCAGGAGCGCCCAAUGAACCAGUGGCACACAAAACACGCAUUGGUUGGGUCGUAUUUGGAAAGUGCAGAGAUGGUGAUGCAAAAGAAAAUCAACAUCUUUUCACAAUACAGGAUAAGAAAGAGGAGGAAGAAAAGUCAAUGAGGGACCUGAUGAAAAGGUUUUUUUCAACAGAAGAAUUUGGCGUAAGGGAAACCAAAUUCACCCCAAAAUCAAAGGACCAUGAAAGAGCCCUAAGUGUAAUGAAUGACACACUGAAAUAUACAAAUAAUCAGUAUGAGAUUGGCCUACUUUGGAAAGAUCCCAAUGUAUCCUUACCAAGCAGCUACGCACAGGCGCUAAGAAGGCUCGAAAGUCAAGAACGGAAAAUGAAAGGUAAUGACGAGAUGAAAACCUGGUAUAAAAAUCAAAUUACUGAUUAUGUUCAGAAAGGUUACGCUCGUAAACUAACACCAUUUGAAUUGCUGAAUAGAGAUCCAAAGAUCAAUUACAUUCCCCAUUUUAUGGUCAUCAAUCCAAAUAAGCCAACUCCAAAACCAAGACUGGUUUUCGAUGCAGCUGCAAAGAACGAAGGGAUUUCACUUAACUCUACUCUCUUGUCCGGACCAGACGCCACUACGUCAAUUUUUGGAGUAUUAAUCCGCUUUCGCGAAUACCCUAUCGCCUGUUCAGGGGACAUCAAGGAGAUGUUCCAUCAGAUACGGAUCCGCAAAGAAGAUCAAGUGGCUCAACGAUUUUUAUUCAGGGAUAAUCCACGCAACGAACCCCAAGUAUACGUUAUGAACGUCAUGACCUUCGGUGCCACAUGCUCUCCUGCUUGUGCCCAGUUCGUUAAAAAUGAAAACGCCUUAAAAUAUAAAGACAAAUACCCCACUGCAGUGGAAGCAAUAGUAAAAAACCACUAUGUUGAUGAUUAUCUUGAUAGUUUUCGGACUAUCAAUGAUGCAAUCAAGACUAUUAACGAGGUUUGCCUCAUACAUGAUAGAGCGCAUUUCUUUAUGAGAAAUUUCGUUUCUAACUGUCAGGAGGUAAUAAGAAGCAUCCCAGAUGAUAGAUCCUCACAACAAGAGCUGCUGCACAUCUCUAAUAAAGAUAUGAAAUUUGAGAAAAUUUUGGGGCAAUACUGGGACAAAACAAACGAUGUGUUAAGCUGGAACUUCAAGCAGCAGUACUCGGAGUCAGACUCGCCGAGACUGUUAAAGAGGAAUUAA